AUGGCUUUUAUGAUGCCUGUCGUCAGAAACGAAUAUGAAAUUUAUCCAAGUCGAUCUAGAAGGGGCAGUAACUGCAGUCAACCUCGGUCUAGACGAGGAACAAGGAGCGAGUCUGCCACGCCUAGUCUGUCCUGCUCCCCGGAGAGUGAUGUAGAGGAAAGAAUGGCUAAUAUUGCUCAUUUGCAAGGCGAGUCCAGGGAACAACAGCGUCGCUGUAGCUCACAGUGUGUAUCAGAAAGCCAUUCUCCCAACUCGGCUUCUAAUUCUUCUUUGAACAAAUUUCACAAUCGACUCGUAGACAAGCUCAAGAGAAAACUGAAGAUUGAGACAGUGACGGAGCAAAUUCCUCCCAAGGGACCGAGUGUAAAGUUACUCUAA